CUCUUCCCGCCGUGCGGCACCUGCAAGCGCGCGUCUGCGGUGCACCGAGGGAGACAUCUGUAGCCAGAGGACGUGUGUCAGCGAUGGAGAAGGGACGCCGACACUAGUUGGACUCUUUCAGGACUGCCGCGUCCUCUUGCUUGGAAAUAUUCAUCACAUUUCUUUUUUUCUUAUUUUUGGAUUUUUUUUGUGACCCAAAUUCACCAUGGAGACAAAAGACUGCGCUGCCUCCUGCAAGUAGAAGACGCAGCUCAGUCCUCCAGUGGAAACACUGCGGUAGCGACCAACGUGGACCCGAGUGGACCUGGACACCUAAGAGGGAGAAGAUGCCGUUCCACCAUGUGACGGCAGGUUUGCUCUACAAGGGGAACUACUUGAGUCGCUCGCUAUCAGACAGCGACAGCGAGGUGCUGGCCAGCAUCUCUGUGGAGGAGCUGCAUGAGAUCCGGGAGGCCUUCAAGGUACUGGAUCGAGAUGGCAACGGCUUCAUAUCCAAGCAGGAGCUGGGAAUGGCCAUGCGCUCUUUGGGGUACAUGCCCAGUGAGGUGGAGCUGGCCAUCAUCAUGCAGAGACUGGACAUGGACGGUGACGGACAGGUGGACUUUGAGGAGUUCAUGACCAUCCUCGGACCCAAACUUCUGUCGUCAGAAACCAGAGAAGGUUUCCUGGGAAGCACCAUAGACACCAUCUUCUGGCAGUUUGACAUGCAGAGGAUCACGCUGGAGGAGCUCAAGCACGUCCUCUUCUACGCCUUCAGGGACCACCUGACCAUGAAGGACAUCGAGAACAUCAUCGUCAACGAGGAAGAGAGCCUCAAGGAGAACGCCGGAAACUGUCAGACCGAGUUUGAAGGAGUCCACCCGUCGAAGAAGAACCGCCAGACGUGCGUGAGGAAGAGCCUCAUCUGCGCCUUCGCCAUGGCCUUCAUCAUCAGCGUCAUGCUCAUCGCGGCCAAUCAGAUGCUGAGGAACGGCAUGGAGUAGCCAGUGGGCGUGGCCACGUCCCCGCCGCUCAGGCACACCCGAUCCAUUUAUUUUCUAUCCGGGCGACACCUCGUCACUGAGAAGCCAGCGUGAGGAGUCCCCGCCUUCUCUGGGGCUCCUCCCCCUUUACUGACAGGGACUCUCAAGGGCUGACAUUACCCACAAUCCUCUGUCCUCUCCUUGAUGCAAUAACCUGGGAGGUGCACAGGAAGGAGCGCUUGAUUCUGUACCUGGAGAACUUGUGGACCACAAGGAAUGCUGGGAUUUUGAAUUUAUUUUUAUUUUUAACUAGAGUCUUGACUCCAUGUGAGAAGCGGGGAUUUUUGCUCCAAGACCCGCACCCACAGCCCAACCGUGCAUGAAUAUUCUUCCCAUUUGUCGCCAUCAUCAACUCCCUGCUUCACGCCACAAACAAACGUGUCCACUCGCUGGCGUCACGGCAAGCCGUGUGUGAAAUGUCCAGGUGGAAGGUGUCCGCACAAAGCCAUAGACAUGCUCAUAUCAAUAGUCCUGUAAAUAUGAUUACCAAGGACAAUAACAUGUCUGACUGUACUCGUCCUUCACUCCACACGCGUGUGAAGGGAUUUCCUCAACUCUACACUCGCUCAAUCCCAACAAAACGUACAUUUUGUAUGUGUUGGAAUUAAAAAAAAACAACAUAAGAUAAAAGACGGAAUCUAAUAUGGAUUCACAAAUGUUUCUCUUUUUUUUCUUUUUCUUUCAAAUCAUUAGAAACAAGGAAAAUGUUGGAAUAAGUCAUUUGAAACAUAUUUUUUUUUAUUUUUUUAAGAAUUCAGAUACAUUUCAAAGUGGAGCUUCUUUGUUGUGUUUUAUUUUUUUAUUGAAUGAUUAAAUCAUCAUAUUUUGUGUGAUUAUUAUUAUGUUAUGUUUUUUUAACCAUCGGUUAUCUACGGAGGUCCUAAAGGGAUAUGGGGGAAAAACAUUUUUUUAUAAUUUUUUUUUAUUUA